AUGCCUCGUAUGGAAAGGUCGGGGGAGGAGGAGAGAAGCUCCGCGAAGAAGGCUAAGAUUGAGUCCGCGACAGAGCCUGCAGCCUCGGAGCAGGUCACUGUCACCUUAGACUCCAAGUUGCUGGACUGCUCUGUUUGCCUCCACACAAUGGCUCCACCCCUUUUCCAGUGCAUCAAUGGCCAUAUGACAUCCUUAGGUUGCUGCGAAGCGGUCCAGCACGACUGCAGCGUGUGUGGCGAGCCCGCCGAAAUCCGCUGCCGCGCCGUGGAGAACAUCCUCGGCGGCAUGACCGCCCAGUGCUCGUUCAGGGAGCAUGGCUGCACCGCCAUCAUCCUGUUCACGGAGAAGCUCUCCCAUGAAUCGUCAUGCCUCCACUCUCCAUGCUACUGCCCCAUCGCCGGCUGCCGCCCCUACGCCCGCAAACCUCUACGCGACCACCUUAUCAUGGAUCACCCUGGGAUGCUGCACAGCGGCGUCAUGGCGGGCAACCUCUGCGCCAUGCGCAUAGGUGACAGGGAGUCGGCCCGCUUUGUGUCCGUCCUCGACGGCAAGGGGGCGGUGUUCCUGCUGGUGGUCGAUCGGACCGUGCCGUUAGGGUACACACUAUCAGUGAUCCACCUCGCAAAUGAGCCGGCUGGGCAGGACGAUUUCAAGUGCAAGAUCCUGCUGUACACGCGGAAGGGGACCCUCUGUCUGUCCGGCGAGACGCAGAGCGUCGGGUGUCUGCGGAGCCCUUACGAGCCGGCCGCGUCCCUGUUCGUCCCAGAGGCCAUGUGGUCUCCCGACCAAUCUCCCGUGUACAUUGAGCUGAAAUGA